CAAAAUUGGAUUGAUAUCAUCAGCAUAAUUAGCUUCCACAUUUUUUCCUUUUCCUUUUGUGGAAGCCUGGUAUAAUUUAACCAAAUGUUUUGCCGUUCGACAUUCAUUCGCCCAGUGUCCUUUUAUGCCACAUUUGUAGCAUUCACCACUUGGUUUUGGCUUUUCAUAAGUUUUAGCCUCUGGUGGUUUGAAUUUUCCUUUUCCUUUGGAGGAUGAUCCAUUUGGAUUUUUAUAGCCCCUGUUCGGCCCUUUGUUGCGGUUAUUUCCGCGGCCACGUUUAAAAUGUCCACGUGCACCACUUUGGACAACAUUUGAUUCCGGUGCUGAACCACGAUCAGGAUGACCAAAAUUUGUAGGUGUACAACCACCUCAAAAAAAAAAAUUGGUCCGGGGGAGUAUCAAAAUAUCAGAAGGCAGAGCAAAAGCAAACUUCCUAAGAAAAGUAAAUUACUACAGAAAGUUGGACCAAAAAGUGUACCUCGACUAGAACUAAAAUUAGCCCCAAUCAAAGAAAAGCAUGUAUAAUCGAAUCAAAUCGCAGCCUAGCGCACUGAGCCGUCCUCGAACGUGGAUGAUGUUUCUCUCCCUUGGCAGCUUCCUCUCCUUCCUACUAUAUAAGAAGGCUUCCAUAUACCAUUUUUACACCAAAUUCUUCCUUUCUUCUUCCUUUUUGUCCCUGAGAGUGUGGAGAGUGGAGUGGUGCUGUCCAGAGGGUUGGAGGUCGCCAGAGUUAGCCAGAAACCUCGCCGGAAGUUUCGCCGGAAAAUUCUCAAAACCUUCGAUAAGCUUGGAGAGUUACGACCUCGACUAUGACCGCGGUUUGGUCGUCCACCAUAGUCGUACUCGCGUCCGCCGUUGCCCUGAGGUUGUCCGCCGUGAAGCUGUCUGCCAUAGUGCUGUCCAUCGCCACUGCCGCCCUGCUGCCCGCCGCCUGCAGGCGCACCACCGCGGCCCUGCUGCCGGAAACUGACGUGUCCACCGUGGCCGAGGGUGGCCAAGACAGUCCCCUCAUCACCGGGAGCAGCUGGUGGUGGAUGUUGUCCUUCCAGGAGGAGAAGCGCAGAUCAUGUCUCCAUGAAAGUCUGCGGGGGUUUUUGGAAUUGCAGACGCCUGGGAGUCGAGAUCCUCGGGAAGACCACGUAGAGUUUGUAAAACGAGCUGAUUCUCCGUCACUCGGGCAUCCACGUCAUCUAACCAAUCGGCAAUAUUUCGCAAAGUUUGGCAAUAAGUGGCGAUAGUGGAUGCGCCCUUGACGGUGUUGUAGAAGCGUUGCUCCAAUUGCAUGGCUCGAGCGGCUUUAUUGUCGUGAAAUAAAUUAUGAAUAGCUUU